GAUCAAAUUUAGUUAUUUUAUAUUUCUCCUUUUUGAGAGUAAAAAAUAUAUAUGGAGUUGGAACGUAAGAACGGGGAAUGGAUAAAAUCAGGAAGCUGUGAUCUUGGUCUUAGAAGAAUAAAGGUAAGAAAAGAAAGCGUUUAUGAGGAAGAGGAGCCCUUGAGUCCCAUGGCUCGUAUGUUUCAGCAGCCUGAAUCCAACGUCUACGUUAUUGCUAUGUUGGGGUUUAAGAACCCCAUUGACCCACACUUUCUCAAGGCAAAUUUGGUCCACACUUUCCUUAAGCAGCCUCGUUUUUCUAGUGUGCAGGUUGCAGAUGAGAAGAAUGGUGGAGAGGUGAAAUGGGUGAAAACAAAGGUAGACUUAGAUAAUCAUGUUAAAAUACCCAUGGUUGAUCAACAUAUGGCCUCCCCAGAUCAGUUUGUUGAAGAUUACAUUGCCAACCUUACCAACACCCAAAUUAGCACCUCCAUUCCCAUGUGGGAUGUCCAUAUUUUGAACCUCAAAACCUGUGAUGCUGAAUCCACACUGGUUAUUCGAGUUCAUCAUUCCCUUGGCGACGGAACAUCUCUCAUGUCAUUCCUCAUCUCUUGCUGUCGCAAAACAUCUGAACCUGACGCCUUGCCGAGUUUUCCGGCCGCCAAGAAAUCGAGACCUCACACCGGAUGGUUUUGGAAAUUUUGGUCUGUGUUGUUAUUAGCGUGGAACACUUUGGUUGAUAUAUGGAUGUGUGUGGCGACAACGUACUUCUUGAAGGACACCCAAACACCCCUCAAAGCACCUUCAAGAGCAGUUGCUUUUACUUCUAGGAGAAUUGUGCGUCGAACUUUCUGUGUUGAUGAUGUCAUAUUGGUGAAGAAUGCAACCAACACGAAGGUGAACGACGUGGUGCUAGCAAUCACACAGGCAGGCUUGUCUCGCUAUCUCAACCGAAAAUAUGGCAAAGGUAUGGGCGAUGGAGAAUCAUGGGAAAACAACCUUCCCAACAGUGUUCGUCUUACAGCGACUCUGUUCAUCAACUUGAGAUCAUCUCCAGGGAUUUAUGCCAUAGCAGAAAUGGUGAAGAAGCAUAGCCAAACCGACUGGGGGAACAAGAUUGGUUAUGUUCUCUACCCAUUUAAAAUUGCAUUGAAAGAUAACCCAUUGGAUUACAUUCGCGAUGCCAAAGCAACAAUGGACAGAAAAAAAGCUACUCUUGAAGCUCAGUUCAGGCUGUUUAUGGCCAAGGUUUUUGUGAGGUUUUACCCUACCAAACUGGCCACAUUUCCAUUGACGACUAUGUGGUUCUCGAAUGUGGCGGGACAGGAGGAAAUUAGCCUUUUUGGCAAUCAAGUCACCUUCAUUGCUCCAUCUUUAUAUGGUCAACCGGUGGCGCUCACAAUUCAUAUAAUUAGCUAUGAGAAGAAGAUAAGUAUGGUGUUAUCGGUGGACGACGACAUUAUUCCUGAUCCCUAUCAGUUGUGCGAUGAUUUUGAAGAAGCUCUUAAACUCAUCAAGAAAGCUGUCGUUGCUGAAGGUCUGAUAAAGAAGUGAUUUAGAAGGGUCGUUUCGAGUUUCAGUACGUAGUGGGCUGUGUGGCCAUAAUAAAGUUGCUUAAAUAUCUCUAGGAUUGGCGUGUAUGCUUUGGUUAGUUUUCAUAUCAUGUCAUCAUGUUUUGUGAACUAUACUUACUAUAAUAAGCAAAUAAAGUUUGGAUUUGGACAA